CAGAAUGCCUUUCGCGGUAUAUAAAUGGCCGAUUUCAAAAUGUCUUCAUUACCGUAAACACGGAAAACAAGAGCUGCUUCACUGAUAUAGGAGACUGCAGGCCAACAUGAGAUUUUGGUUUCUGCGAUGUUUGAACACGCCGUGUUUCACAGCUUUACCCUGUAAGCUUGGCGAAGCGGCGGCGCGUGCUGCCCGAUCUUUUACGAGCACGCAGACGGCGAACCGACGGGGGAUUGCGGUCAGCGGCGCAGAAAUCCGAGAGGAUUUCAUCAGCGAAGAAGAAGAGCGGGCUCUGCUGGAGGAGCUGGAACCGGUUUUGAAGAGAAAGCGCUACGAGUACGACCACUGGGACGACGCCAUCCAUGGGUACAGGGAAACUGAGCGGUCCCAAUGGAAUGAGAAGAAUUCCAGGGUCCUCCAGAGAGUUCGAGAUGUGGCCUUCCCGCCAGGGGUCAAACAGCUGCACCUAGUCCACGUCUUAGACCUGCACAGGAAAGGCUACAUUAAGGCCCAUGUGGACAGUGUUAAGUUCUGUGGCAGCACAAUUGCAGGCAUCUGCCUCUUGUCUUCCAGUGUGAUGCGCCUGAUCAGCAAAAAAAUCCCAACUGAUGUAGUGGACUUGCUGCUGCCAAGACGCUGUCUCUACAUUCUCAGGGAUGAGGCUCGUUACAGCUAUACUCACGAGAUUCUGAAGGACGAGGAGUCAUAUUUCAAUGGUGUAAAGAUUAAUCGUGAUCGUCGAAUAUCUGUCAUCUGUCGCAACCUUUCAGAGGAUAAUGCAGAGUGAAGAUGCAUGUAGAACUGUGGUGAACUAUACAAGUGAGGAUGGGGCAACUGUUAAGGUGACUCGGGAAACAAUGUGGCAGCUUGGCUAAUUAAGCUUUCAUAUUGCAUUUCAUAAAAGAUGCAAAACUGUGGUUGUAAAAGAUCUACUAAAUUAAAUCUUUUCACAUUUAUCAUUCGAUUCUCAAAAAAUAAUGGGAAUAGAUGUGUGAUUUAUUUUUAAAUAUAUUAAAAGGGGUUCACUGGUGCUCUGUCUAGA